AUGGCGAUCGACUCAGGCACAACUUGGACAUUCAUACCUCAAGAUCUUUUUGACAGGCUGGUAACUCAUCUGAAUGAGACACUUGAUCCGAAAUUGGAGCCGUUCAUUACAACUGAUGGGUAUAAUACUUCUGGUCUAUUUUGCAUCAAGGGUACGAUUUCAGAAGAACUAAAUGUGACUAUUCAUUUUGAGGGUGACAACAAAUUGCAGUUUAGGACGGAACAAAUAUUUUUUCAAGAUAAAAAUGGUAAAGCCUGCUUUGGAAUGGCGAACAGCACUACGCUGGGCAUCACUGAGGACACAUUUGGUAUAUAUGGAAACAAUCUUAUGGGAAAUUUCUUGGUUGGUUAUGAUUUGGAUAGAAAUGUGGUAUCCUUCAAGCCGACUAAUUGCAUAAACUAA